GGAAGGGCUCAUCAGGAAGACGGAUUGAAAUGACUGAACCGAAUCUGUUCGUCUCCACUCGACUCUCGCUGCACGACAACGUCAUCAAUUUGGGCACCAGGCGUGUCCAUUUAGCUUUCCAACAGACAGAGACAACCACUGUCAUCGUAAGCUUAGCUGUUGCUAAGGGCAGCGCGUGUGAAAAGAAACUAGAAGACAUUCGUAACGUCUAGGCUAUUCAUUGUUUAUGACAAGCAUAUCAACUGUAGCCUAUCAACUUGUCGAUUCAAGAACUCUUGGAAAAUGCUACAAUCUCUAACUAGCAAUUCGUGUGUGCGAUUGAUCGAAAGUCACAAAUCGACAUGGUAUUUUUUGUUUUUAGUCCUGGGCUACAUUCUGUAUCUUAUAUUCGGAGCGGUUGUCUUUUCCUCGGUGGAACUGCCUUAUGAAGACCUUCUACGCCAGGAGCUCCGAACCAUCAAAAAACAAUUCCUCCAAGAAAACGAAUGUCUGUCGGAAGAACGGCUCGAGGAGUUUCUGGAGAAAGCGCUCGAGGCCAGUAACUAUGGAGUGUCCAUUCUCAACAACGCAUCGGCCAAUUGGAAUUGGGACUUCACCUCGUCGCUGUUUUUCGCCAGUACUGUAUUGUCUACCACAGGAUAUGGUCACACCGCUCCACUCUCCGAUGGAGGCAAAGCCUUCUGUAUCGUCUACUCUGUGAUCGGCAUCCCCUUCACCCUCCUCUUCCUCACCGCCGUGGUCCAACGCAUCAUGGUCUUCAGCACGCGCCGUCCAGUCAUGUACGUGUCGACCCGCUGGGGCCUGUCUAAGCCUCUCGUAGCCGUGGUCCACGCCACACUCCUCGCCAUCCUGGCUGCUUCCUGUUUCUUCCUCAUCCCGGCGGCCAUCUUCUCCUCCCUAGAGGAGAACUGGAACUUCCUGGAGAGCAUCUACUUCUGUUUUAUAUCACUAAGUACCAUCGGACUGGGAGAUUACGUACCAGGGGAGUCCUUCAACCAGAGGUUCAGACAGCUCUAUAAAGUCGGAAUCACUGGCUAUGCUCAAAACCUACAGCCCAACCUUAGCACUCCAUUCUACCACCUCUGGUCUCUUGGCCCUCGCAACACUACCUGGAGUCUACCUCCUCCUGGGCCUGGUUGUGAUGCUGGUUGUCUUGGAGACCUUUUGUGAGCUGCAGCAGCUGAAGACCCUGAGGAAGAUGUUCUAUCUGAAGAAGGAGAAACCACAGGACCGCCUGGCAAUACUGGAGCACGACCAUCUGUCCUUCACCUCCGUGUCCCACCAGACCAACUCCACCUCGCUGAAGGAGGACAAGACUAAGGACGUACCCUUCGUUAGUGUCCCCGUGCUGGCCUCACCUGGUGGGGAUGACCCCAUGAUCAACUAGAGGGGGGGGGGAAUAGUUAAAACGUUGCGGUGAAAUAGGCAGACAACUAGGGAAGGACGAGGAGAGUACUGAAGGGGGGAUGGUGAAACCAAGUUUGCAUCCCAUUUCGCUAUCCUUCUUUUGAAGUGUGCGCUGCCUAUCAUGAAUUCUCUAGAUGAAACUCUUUAACGUUAGCUGAAACUCUCCCCAGUCAAUGCUUACACCAAUUCAAUGCUUUUUAAUGAAAAGGGUAGAGAAUUGGGAUGCAACCUAUGGAGGGGGGGUGAUACAGAGGACUCUCGUCGAAGGGUAUUUGUGACUACAUUAUAACUUAAGCUUCAGCAUAAGGAUGCAUUUUAAAAACAAAAGCUCAACUUCAAACCAUUGUUAGUAAUGUUGAAACUGAACGAUUGUCUUUUAGCCCUUUAUCAUCCAUGAGAAACUUACUAUCACUCUCUUAAUGAUGAAAAAUGAGCAUAUUGUGCUAUACUGCAUCAACAAGAUCUGUAUUCACUGACAUAGGGAAAACCUUAAUAUAGCCUUCAUAUGUAUAGCUGAUAUGUACGCUGGUUAACUUAAUAAGGGAAACACCUGCUAUAGCUUUGUUCAUUGUCAAAAUCCUCGCUCAGAACAGCCAUGCUAUCUAUCAGCUGUUCUCAUGGAUGGAAUAACAUUAAGCACAUACUGUAUCUAUAAUGCAUUAUGAACUCACUCAUAGCGAGUUAUAAGGCAGUCGUAAUACAUAAGCACAGAUAUGGGCUUCAUAGAACUGACAUGACAAUAGCACAUUAGGGAACAUUUAAUAGGAUAUCCACCUUGUAAAAUGUAACUGAAUAUCACAUUGUGCCGUAAUGUGUCUGUAUACAUAUACCUUAAGUACUAUUUUACAGGAGUUAAAUGGAAAGCAUGUAUUCAGGUUAACUGUAUCAGGUAUACAACAGUAGCACAUUUCAUUGUUGUAAAUGCUCUGUGUAUUAAUUACAGUAAGACAUUUGUUUGAUGCUAGUUUAAAGUACAACUUGCAAUGUUAUUUUAAGGUAGUUAAAUGUUUCAUGUCUCUCGCUGUACUGUGUGUAUUUAUCAUGUUGAUUCGUCUAAAAGAAAAGGAUUUACUGUGCCUAAUAUGUGGUUUAUUGAAUGUUAAAGUGACAAUUAUAAAAGCUUUUUUUUAAUCUUUUUUUUUUUUUAAAGGGGAACAAGAAAGAGGCAGACCCCAAGCAGUGUACGCUGCUAGAAGAAAUGCUGCUAUUUAAAACAAAGGUUCAGUUGCUCAUAUCAUAACAUGGCCCUCAAAAAGAUUAUAUAUAGAACCACAAAGCACCCUUCAUUUAUUUAUUUUUUUUGCAGUGUAUUUUCAUCAAUUACUUGAACACAGCAGGUUACUGUACCUUAUGUGACACCACUCGGAAAUGGGAAAUUACUGGGUUGAACAUUUUGUACCAAAAAUAAUGGGUUCUGGAAAGUACAAAAGUAAUUUCCCAGACCUCAGAUUUAAAGCUGCAAUAUGUAACUUUUUGGGCAACCUGACCAAAUUCACAUAUAAAUAAGUUAUAGAUCUUUCAUUGAAAGCAAGUCUAAGAAGUGGUAGAUUUGUUCUAUGUGUGCUAUUUCUAUGCUUGCCGUUAAGUUUAGUUUUUGGAUUUGUACACCAGCUGCUUAUAGCUGAAAAUAAACAUUUUGGUUGUGGAAAUGAUACAUCAUUUCACAGCGGUUUAGAUGGUACAAUGAUUCUCUACACUAUACUUGCUUGUUUUGCCACCAUAUAAACUGAAAUUAGGUGUACUAUUUGAAUUUUGCCAACCAAGAGAUGGGGGAUCAAUUUCUGCAUAGUGCAUCUUUAAGUGAGAGGACAAAGAGGGUCAACAACUGAAUUCAUAAGAAGUAAUGUUAGUUGGCUGGCAGUUUGUAUAAAACUUCAGGACUGCUCUGUGACACAAGACAUUAUUGGCUACUGGAAAUCUCUAUUUAAAGAUGAGAAUAUAAACUGUUUUUGAACCAAAUUUAAAAAGACCCUAGUGUUUUUGGAGGAUGUAAAGUGGAGUGUUUACAAAUGUGUAUUUGUGAUUUAUGCAGAUAAUGAUUUCAAGUAAAGGUAGUCCAUGAGAGGGUCAUUGUGAGAGAAACUUGAAGAUAGGAAACACUGAUUGACAGAAACACUGAUUGCUUUACAGUGCAAUGCAGUCAAAUCAUUUCCCUUGACAACUCGAACUGAUUUUCAAUAGCUACAUAAUGAGUUAUCUGACAUAUAUUGUCCAAAGAUCUACAAAAAAUUUACUAUAUUAACAUUUAAGUUAAGAUGUACAUCAGGGAACAUUAAUUGAUUUGCUUGUACAUAUUUCAUCCUGUAUUUGGAAGUAAUUUGCUUGUAGCCUACAGUACAAGCUGAUUUGCUUGUGUACAUACUGGUAAUAUUAUUUAUACAGAUUUAGGAUCUUAAUUUGGUUACCCUUUUGUUUCAGAGAAUUUGAAGAUGAGCUUUGUGAUUUACAUAAAUUCACUGAAAACCCACACUAACAUAUGGUUAUAUUAACAGUAUUGCACUGUUUAUGUAGCCUACAUAUGGCCAGCUAAUAGCCUAACCACCAAUCAAGCAACAUUAUGGACAAAACGUUCAAAUCCUGUUGCUGCAGGAUUAUUUUGCUGUGACAAUAUAGAUCAAAUUAAGAUCCUACAUCUGUAGGACAGACUAGCCUAUAUCAUACACUACUCAAUCAUACUAUAUGAGUACAUUUUUCCGAUGGGACAGACUUCUUUUAUAGCACCAGACCCUACCUGAUUGUAUUGUACCAGACAGGAAACUGCUGUCCAUUCUUGAGAAUGUAGACGUUUCAUUUUCAACAUGUGGUUGUGUUGUGCAGAAUUAUGUUUUAUAGAUCAUCUAAGAACGUUUCAGGGUUUUUGUUUAACUGUAGUUCUUUCCACAAAACUCUUCUACAUCGCACAAUGACAGAAUGAGUAGAAGCCUUUAACAUUGUCAAGAAUGUAUUGUUUUGAAUAUCAGUUUAGCAAACAGAGGAAUUGUAUGUAAUCGUGUUGGUACUUUUGUAAAUUGGCCAGAAGGGAGAAUGACAAUCUCCCCCUGGCUAAGGGGACUUGACAGUUGCAGUGAUAUUUUUGCUGUUAUAAAUAUUUUGUCUGAAAUGAAUUGUUCUAUUCUUUAAAUUAUUUAUAGAUAUGCCACAUUGGUCUUAUAGCACACAAAACUGUCAAAGUCCUUGUCAAUCCUUGUCAGUGUUAUUGUGUGGUGCAUGUGCUAUUUCAGUCGCCUGUGUAUCUGUGCAACAACACCUGUAUAUUAUUGUGCUCUGUCUAGUUUCUCAUAGAAAUAAAUGCAGAUUUAGACUCCCAUAA